UCGGGGGCGGCGGCGGCGGACGUGGACGAGCGCUUCCCCGCCUGCAUCCGCGACGCCGUCUCGCAGGUGCUGAAGGGCUACGACUGGAGCUUGGUGCCCAUGCCGGCGCGGGGCAACGGGGCGCUGAAAGCCAAGCCGCACGUCAAGCGGCCCAUGAACGCCUUCAUGGUGUGGGCGCAGGCCGCCCGUCGGAAGCUGGCCGACCAGUAUCCGCACCUGCACAACGCCGAACUCAGCAAGACCCUCGGGAAACUCUGGCGUUUGCUCAGCGAGAGCGAGAAGCGUCCUUUCGUAGAGGAGGCAGAGCGCCUGAGAGUCCAGCAUAAGAAGGAUCAUCCUGAUUAUAAAUAUCAGCCACGGCGGAGGAAAAGCGUCAAAGCGGGCCAGAGCGACUCGGACUCAGGGGCUGAACUGAGCCAUCACAACGGCAACCAGAUCUACAAAGCGGACGCCGGGCUGGGAUCCAUGAGCGAAACGCAUCACCACGGUGACCACGCAGGGCAAACCCACGGGCCCCCUACCCCGCCGACCACCCCGAAGACGGACCUCCACCACGGGAGCAAGCAAGAGAUGAAGCACGAGGGGCGCCGGCUGGUGGAGAGCGGGCGCCAGAACAUCGACUUCAGCAACGUGGACAUCUCGGAGCUGAGCAGCGAGGUCAUCAACAACAUGGAGACCUUUGACGUCCACGAGUUCGACCAGUAUCUGCCGCUCAAUGGCCACUCCGCCAUGCCUUCCGAUCAUGGGCAGAGCGCCACGGCGGGCUCUUACGGGACCUCAUACGCUCAUUCGGCCAACGGCGGGAGCGGAGGAGGAGCACAGGUGUGGACUCACAAGAGCCCGGCGUCGGCCUCCCCGUCGUCCAGCGAAACCGGGCAGCAGAGGCCCCACAUCAAGACGGAACAGCUGAGCCCCAGUCAUUACAGCGACCAGUCCCACAGCUCCCCGACGCACUCCGACUAUGGCUCGUACAGCGCGCAGGGUUGUGCCACGACCGUGUCUUCUUCGGCUUCGGCCACGGCCUCCUUCUCCAGCUCCCCGUGUGACUACACGGACCUCCAGAAUUCUAGCUACUACAACCCGUACCCGGGCUACCCGUCUGGCAUUUAUCAAUACCCCUACUUCCAUUCCUCCCGUCGGCCCUACGCCACCCCGAUCCUUAACAGCCUGUCGAUCCCGCCUUCGCACAGCCCCACGGCGAACUGGGACCAGCCGGUCUACACGACGCUGACGAGACCUUGAAAAAGGGACAGAGAGGGACUGGCGAUUUUUUGAGGUCUUCCCCUAAUUCCACUCCCCCUCCAAAAAAAAAAAGUAUGCACUAUAAACAGAAAUGGAAUGAUGGGAGCAAAUCCAUGAUGGAACAAUGCUUCAUUGUCCUAAGUGCCUCUGGGGUUUGUUUGUUUUGAAUGACUGGACAUUCCCUCCGAAAGUCUUU